AUGGGAAAGGCAGUUGAAGAGGUGUUAUCAAAAGCAUGGCAUAGAUCGUGCACAUUUCACAUAAUGCAGAAUGCUAUCAAACAUCUACAUGAACCAAAGAAUGUAGAGAAGGAUGAAGACACAAGGGUUCUGUCAGUUUUUAGUGCAUGCAUGUUUGAAUAUGAGGAUAUAGAAGAAUUUGAACAUAACUUUGACAUCAUGAGGAAGAAGCAUUUUGAAAAGGUGCUGCAAGGAAAGAGAAAUACUGAGCUGAAAUCAGAAUUUGAAUCAAGGAAAAAGUUACCUAAAAUUUGUACGAGGAGACCACCACCUAUGUUGGUGGAAGCUAGCAAGUUGUAUACACCCAGGAUAUUUGAAGCUUUUGAAGGUGAAUAUGAAAUAUCAUUGGCAGCUUGCAGCAAGGCAUUGGAUGACAAUAAUGAAUAUCUAGUAGGAGAUUUUACAUGCGAGGAUGACCACAAAGUUGUAGGUGAUCCUUUGAAGCAAAUGGUUGUAUGUAGUUGUGGGCAAUUUGAUAGAAUAGGAAUAUUGUGCGGCCAUGCUCUUAAAGUGCUUGAUUUGAUGAAUAUAAAAUCUCUAUCACCACAAUAUGUGUUGAAGCGAUGGACGCGGGAAGCACAAAGUGGAACUAUACAAGAUAACCAGGGAAGAAAUAUAAUCGAAAAUCCAAAGAUGGAUGCUAUGCUUCGCUACAGAUUUAUGUCACAGAAAUUUCUCAGUUUGGCACAUCGAGCAGCAAACUUUCCAGAAUGCACAACAUUAGUAGACAAUGCCCUUGACAUCCUUGGAAAACAAAUUGAAGACAAAAUUAAUGCAUGCACAAGUAUUUCUGGGGAUCCAUUUGUAGAUUAUGCAGAUAUUAAUCCACCAGAUGAGUUAUUGAGUGCUGCACGGCUGAAGAAAAAGGAUGUAAGAAUAAGAAGUUCAAAACGAGGGAGAUGUUGGCUCGAGAAAAAGAUAAAGGCUAGGAAAAAGAGACUAGCCAAAAAAUCUCAGAUUGAGAAAGAAGCCAAUAGUGAUGGAGCACAAGCAGAAGUUACUGAUGCAUUGGUGGAGGUUGUGGAAGAGGAAGGCAGUGGUGGUGCACAAGCACAAGGUACAGAUGAUGCUUCUAGAGACAAACUGAAUGAGUCUGAAGAUUAUAAGUCCAUUAAUAGCUUCACUCAAUUGCUAACGGGACCAAUCACAUAUGAUCUUCUUACUACGGACAACGUGUCUUGGUGA